AUGCCAACCAAGCCAGGCGUUGUACUGGUCCAUGGAGCGUGGCAUACCUCAUGGCACUUUGAAAAUGUCGUGACCGAGCUGGCACGCGAAGGAUAUAUGGUCGAAGCACCGACUCUACCUACUGUGGGCCACACAGCAGUCGACGAUGCUAUGGCCAAAGCAAUUGCUACGGUGAAGCAAGCUAUCAUCAACAUAACAAGCUCAGGGAGAGAUGCCGUAGUUCUCUGCCACUCGUUUGGCGGAGUGGUGGGGAGUGAGGGCGUCGCCGCAUUUGAAGAAGAACGACGACGAGCGAGCGAUGGCUCAAAGCAGUAUGGUCGCAUUACCCAUCUGCUGUACAUCUGCGCUAUAAUCAUCGAAGAGGGCGCCGACUGCGCGACACGGAGCAGCGGUGCAAUUGCUGAGGAGCUGAAGGAUGGCAUGGGGCGAUGUUUGGAACCAGAGCGGUUCUACAAUACCAUGGACCCGGCUCUUGCUCAGAAAUGUGCCGCUCGACUGCUGCCGCAGAACCGUCAAGCAUUCGCGGAGUCUGCGAAAUACUGCGGCUGGGGCCGCUACGGAAUUCCAGCCACCUAUAUUGUUUGCAAACAAGACCGGGCGUUGCCAGCCACCGUCCAGACAGUUUUCGUGGAGCGCAUCAAGGCUGCAGGCGUGAAGGACUUUAAAAUCGAGCGCAUAGAUUGUGACCACACUCCGUGGCUGAGCAGCGGCCGAGACGAGUUUUUUCGCAUUCUGUGGGACGUAAUGGGGAGGGCUACUUUGCAGGGUGGAUCGACGUUGUAG